AUGAAUAAGAAAGCAUUCAGCGAUUCAAAUGACCGUGUAAUUACUCACACCAAUGAUGAUGUGGCAAGUGCUCCUCAUUAUCAAUCACAAAGUACACUGUCUGAAGCCGCAAUGAAUGAAGAUGAGCAACAGCUAACUGACUCUGAAGGAGAAGAUGAAUUUAUCAGGCGCCACGGUCAUAUUGACUUCCAGUAUAUCAAAAAGCCUAAAGAUGCAGUGUGGUUCAUUAGGCCUCAUGCCCUUAAUUAUUUCAAAGAUGGUGUUUUAUAUAGGACAAAAGGAGAGAGAACAUCAGCUAAGACAGAAUUAUUUUUGGAUUUGAUGUAUGUUGGAAUCAUUAGUAAUUUAGCAGGGCAUGCGACAGAGAAUGCUAGUGGAGGUGCUUUAUUGAUGUACGUUUUGCUUUUUGUCCCUGCGUGGGUAGUUUGGGCUGAUAUUAAAGAUUUUACGAAUUAUUACUACACUGAAGACUUAUCACAAAAGGUAUACAUUAUUUGGAUUUUGAUACUCUUAACUUUAUUUGUGAACUCUUCUAGUGAUGUAUUAAAUGGUAUUAAAGGAGCUGCAUUUACCAUCGUUCCAUAUAUACUUUGUCGAGUUUCGUUGGCCAUUUCAUUGCUAAUUUACUCCUUGUAUAUUCCAGAACACAGAACACAAAUGAGGAUUUACAGCGUUUGUAUCUUUAUUACUAGCUGUAUAUGGAUACCUGUUAUUUUCAUCCUGACCAGAGCAAAAAUUGGAGUAGCGAUUGCUGUUCUUUUUCUAGAACAACUUUCGUUCACCGUGGUUUAUCAUCCCCAAACCAAAAGACUUUUGAAACUAACGACGUCGACGGCAUUGAAUAUAGAACAUGAAAUUGAGAGAUUUGCCACUUUUGUGACUAUUGCCAUUGGUGAAUUUUUAUACAAGGUUGUGGCCACAAAUCCUUUGGGUACCGGGUUUAGCUCUAAGUUUGCAAGAGGUACGUUUUUGUUAUUAAUUGCUUACAUAUUGUUUUGGAUUUAUAAUAAUGGUUCUAAUUCAAAGAAAGCUACGCAUGCAUUGAGAAAUAAUGGAUGGACAGCCAUAACUUGGAUUUAUUGUCACCUUCCUUUAGUCGCAAGUUUAGUUCUUGGAGCAGAUGCGGGUGGAGACUUAACAUCUUUAGAUAUUACUAGUUUAUCAAAGCACCAAGAGGAGCUGGUGCUUGAAAGAAGUUCCGAGGAAGAACCCAAUAUGUACGCACUUUCUUUUUUCUUUACUGGUAGUAUUUGUGUGUCACUAUUAUGUAUGUGCAUAAUAGGACUAGCAGAUAAAAAUGAAGACCCACCAAAUUUGCAUAUUGUGUCUAGAUUCUGGAGAGUUAUAUGGAGAGCACCCAUAGGUAUCAUUAUUGUGUUGUUAAGUUUUGCCGAGCUUGAUUCCACAUUACUAAUGGGAAUCGUGACUAUCUUGUUAGCCGUGCUUCUAGUUUACGAAAGCAUUGUAUCUACACCACAGGAUUGCAUUAACUACCCUUUAGCACGUAAAAGGUCUUUAACGUUAGAAUAA